UUACGAGGAGUUCUACACGUGGGUUCGGCGGGUAGGGCUUAACUGUAAGGCGCAAAUAAGUUCUCACACUUGAUCUGGAAAAGUAGUGUUCUAGGCUGCUACCCGAGAAUCAAUCUCACGGGUUGCUGUUCCCACCCCUGCUAUUACUGCCGCCAAGAUGAAGGGGUGAGUCCUAGUGGCAACUUUCUGUGAAAGAGGGCUGUUUGUUAGACUGAGACCAAUAUGGACAGAAAACGAUCUGGAGUUAGUAGCCGGAUUGAGUUGGGAGAUGUAACGCCACACAACAUUAAACAGCUGAAGCGGUUAAAUCAAGUCAUCUUUCCAGUCAGCUACAACGACAAGUUUUACAAGGAUGUGCUAGAGGUUGGAGAACUUGCCAAACUUGCAUACUUCAAUGAUAUUGCGGUUGGUGCUGUGUGCUGUAGAGUUGACCAUUCUCAGAAUCAGAAGAGGCUCUACAUCAUGACAUUGGGCUGUUUGGCACCUUACAGACGAUUAGGAAUAGGAACGAAAAUGCUGAAUCAUGUCCUAAACAUCUGUGAGAAAGAUGGCAGUUUUGACAACAUUUAUUUGCAUGUUCAGAUCAGCAAUGAGUCUGCAAUAGACUUCUAUCGGAAGUUUGGGUUUGAGAUUAUUGAAACCAAGAAGAACUACUACAAGAGAAUAGAGCCAGCAGAUGCCCAUGUACUCCAGAAGAAUCUCAAAGUGCCCUCCCCCACCCAGAACGCUGAUGUGCAGAAAAAUCAAUGAACAAAAGGGGGAAGGGACACUAAUCUUGCACUUGCUUGCACCCAAAAAAUCAACAUUUGAAAGCCCAUGAAAACUUUGGAUUUUUUCCCAUGUUGUGCUUCACGCUUCAUUGUUCACUUUUUUUUUUUUAAGAACUGUUGCAUAUCCUACAUUUAUCAUUUUUCAUCUGUUUUACUGUACUUUUGGGGAAUAUGGUUAACUUUUUUGUUUUUGAGGCUUGUUAUGAAAGGACAUUUUUCCAUAUUCCAUAUAUUUUUUUUUUAAUUCUGAACCAAAUUUGUGGAGCUCUGCUACUCAUUUGAUAAGGAGGCAAAGGUUUAGUACUAUAAAACUGAAGUGGAGAUCUUGGGGCCUGGAAACUUUACCAGAUGACGAGCCUCAGCCCAUAGUAAUAUCACAGUUAUGCAGUAAGGGUACAGUGUUUCUGAAAAUACUGAUAAUGUUUUACAUAAACUUUCAAAAGUUGCCCAUAUUUUUCUCAUGUGACAAACUAGUGCUUAAAGGUUCACAAGCAGUAGUAUCGGUUGUGUCCUGUUAAAUGUUUGUCCUCUCUUUGCUUUGUUUCAUAGAGUUGUGGCCACCAGAAUUAGAUAGUUGUAUUGUUUGGAAUUUUGCUUUGUUUUUGGGUUGGGACAUACUGUGCACCCAGAUUUCCUUUGCAUUCUGACAUGUACCCCACUGUUUCGGAAUAUAAGGGUUCUGGAUCUAUUAACAUUUGAUGUUGGACCCAUGCUUCUUGUCAGAAAAGCAACAUAAGAGGAAGCUUUCAUUUUUAUUGCACUGCAUUAGUUCAUCUGCCUUAAUGUUUAGUUUUUUUAGAUGCAUGUUUUUAUCUUUUGGGCAGAAGACUGUCUUAAAAAAAAUGUUUAAAAUUGUGGGGUAGAUGUUCAAGCUUGGGAACAUUUUGCUACCUUCUAACUGCAGAAAGAGUAGCAUCUUCAUGAGCGUCAACUUUAUCAGCAAAGGCAUCUGCAUGAAGCUGGUCAACUGGUAGGUUUAGGUGACUAUCUUUUGACUUCUUUUUGGCCUUUGCAUCCUAACCAUUAUCCUGUGACUCAUGACAAUCCACCCCCAUCCCCCCAGUACCAAGGCUGCUUGAUGGGGUAGGGUUGUUGCUUGUGUGGAGACUAAAUAAUCCUAUCUGAAUAGGAACAUGAGCUGUUUCUGAUGUGGAAUUAUUUGAGUGCUUGCUGGGAUUUUUGUGAUUUGCACAUAACCCCUUUGCAUUUUGGCCAUAUGGUACAGUGCAAUAUUGGCCCAGUGCAGGUGCUUGUUUUGCUGCACCUGUACAUCCAUUCCCCACCAUCAUCACCAGGAAGUGCUCUGUGCACCCCUUAGCAGCCCCCCCAGUCCCAAAUGCAAGAGCUGAACAAUCAAGACUGUUCUGAUUUACUCUUCUAGGACCCUACUUCCUCCUCAGUAUCUGGGCCUACAGCAAAACCUGUGUGAAACCUGUGUGAUCCAUUGAGUUAUAAUUAAGUCGGGGACAAAACAUCUACAUCUGCAGAGUCUGCUUGAGAUGACCAUCUCUGGCAGUACAUUCUGAUGGCCUACACUGGUAAAUUUACAGUUUGCAAAUUUAGAAGGUGGACAGUCUAGAGAUGGAAUAAUUGAGGAAGGCAGGAAGAAAACUGUCAGUUUGUUCAGUUUUCAUUUUUUGAUUCUGUAUCCACUGGAAAACCUCAUUUAUCAAAGCAGUUAAUACCCAUUUUUGAUUUCACUUGUAUUUUGGAGAUAGGUUCAUAGAUUGCUCUUGUGGACCAUUUCAAGCCUAGCCAAUUACCCCAUGUGAGAAUCCAACCCUGCACCUUGUGUCUGUAAGGUAAACACCUUAACCAUUAUGCCAACCUUCCAGGUAUUGUAUUGUUUCAGCACCCGUAGGUUUUCUGAUGCAUGAGUAAUGGGAAGUCAUUUGAGAAGAAUCACAAGGUGGUGCAUACAUAACUUGACCCUUUUUCUGCAAAGUGAGGGUUUUAAUUAUUUUUCUAGGAAAUUUUGAAGUGUGGUGUUAAAGUACCUACCAGGAAAAACAUGGCAGCAAGUAACAUAAUUCAGAUUUGUUUAAUUAAAAGUUUUAUUUUAAGUUCA